AUUUGGACUUUUCUUCCUGUUGACGAACGCACAGUUUCCCCCGAAACAAGGACAAUGCAGGCCAUGAAAUGUGUUGUUGUCGGCGACGGCGCUGUGGGUAAAACAUGCCUGCUGAUCAGCUACACGACCAACGCCUUUCCCGGCGAGUACAUUCCUACCGUGUUUGACAACUACUCGGCAAACGUGAUGGUAGACGGCAAGCCUAUCAACCUGGGACUGUGGGAUACCGCCGGGCAAGAGGACUAUGACAGGUUGCGCCCACUGUCCUAUCCUCAGACUGAUGUUUUCCUGAUCUGUUUCUCCCUCAUCAGCCCUGCAUCCUUUGAGAAUGUCCGUGCCAAGUGGCACCCUGAGGUCUCCCACCACUGUCCCAACACACCCAUCAUCCUGGUGGGGACCAAGCUGGACCUGCGCGAUGACAAGGAGACCAUCGACAAGCUUCAGGAGAAGAGGCUAGCUCCCAUCACCUACACACAGGGCCUGCAAAUGAUGAAGGACAUCGGUGCUGCGAAGUAUCUGGAAUGCUCUGCUCUGACCCAGAAAGGACUGAAGACAGUUUUUGACGAAGCGAUCCGUGCUGUGUUGUGUCCAACCAAGGUUCCCAAGAAAAAGAAAGAGUGCAUCAUCAUCUAAACUACUACACCUGGCUGUAGAGAAGCAUGUGUGGUCGGACUUUUUCUGUACUGUGAUUUUAAGUGAUAGCCAGUUGGAUAUCCUUAACUUCAAGGAGUUUUCAAAAUUCCGACAUCCAAAAUAACAUUGAUCUCCCAAUUUUGCACGUAGGAUUUUUAGAUUGUUGUACAUGCGUCUUUCUUGCUAGUCAGUAGACAGUAUGAAGACAAUAUGCAUACAGUUCAGUUCAGAAUUCAUAUACAAAUGCAAAUAGAAGCGUCCCCCUUGGGCCUAGGUCCCAAUUCUCACGAAAAAUAUCAUAAGAAAGGCAACAAAACAUACAGAACCUAAAAGAAUCGAAAUUAGUCCGGAGCAUAAUUUGUGUAUACUGUUUGGUAAGUACUUUUAUUUUUCGUUUUCUCAUACAUCCCAGCCGGGCGUUUCGGAAAUGGGACCUAAGUCUUACAUAUGUCUGUUUUGGCCAGCAUGUUUUUAUGGACUGCUGUAUCGUUGAAAAGACGGCUAGAGUAGUUGCCUGAAAUUUGGUACAGUAAAUUCAAAGAACUGAUCAUUACACAUCUCUAACUUGCUUUUCAAGAAUAUUGACCCCAAUUCAACGCAACAAUUAUUAAGAACACCUAGGAAUUUUGGCUCAUCUAUGAUUUUUUAAGAAAAUUAGUAAAAUGUCAACGUGUUGGUCCAAUCUGUAAACCAGAUGACGUUUUCUCUCUUAAUUACAAUUUAGAAAAGUUAAACAAUGGGAAUGUGAUAUCGGCUAUGCUAUGGUUGCAAGUUCAUCGAGAUAUAUGUGCUAGUUAUUGAAAAGUCUAACGCCACGCGAUCUCACAAUUGCAAUGUGUGUACAUUUCGCAACAAUUCGUUGCAAGGAAAUUAUAUAUAGAAGUGUAUCCCUGUAGCAAAGUAGAAGCAUUGUGCCUAUAGCCAUCGUCAAUUAUUAUAUAACAGUCAGCACUGUUGCAUUUUUUGUCCUCCAAGAAUGAGU